AUGUCUGCACUGAGCACAUCCUCCAUGGUAUCCCUCGAGCACGAAUCAAGUGUCUCUACGCCUACAGAACAUUCAUCGCACUCGCCCAAAAACGCCUUCGACGACCCAGAACAGCUACGCAUGAGACGAGAGCUACGACAGAGAAUGAUGUCCACUCCAUACCCAGUUGCGACUGUCAUUGAGCCUAGCCAUGUGGAGAUAGGGAAUCCCGUGCAGCCCCUGAUUUUGGCACCAGAUCGAUCAACCGCUCUCCUUAUGAACAUGGCGGCCGACCGGCGUCGAACUAGUGCUGCAGAACUUGAGAACAAGGAAAAGGGCAGGGGCCACGAUAACUCAAGUCGUCGAAGGUCGAUGCUGGAAGACCAACACCUUCUUCUUGCCCAACAGCAAUAUCAGCGGCUCGCGAGAGGAUGUUCAUACGGUUGA